UCAGAGGGGGUGGAGGGGCGGCCGGAGGAAGGACUGUAACAUUGAAUCAGUUACAGGUCGCCGUAGCCGGAGCGCAGUUGUGAAGGCGGUCGCGGAUGCGAACAGAGGGUCGCACAUAUGCUCGCGCAGCGCAGGAUCUCUGAGGAUUAUUACCGCUGCAAAGGACCCUGACUGCGCCUUUUUGGAGCGACCAAUUCACUGUGGAUAUACUUACACGAACGGAAUAUAAAGGAGGGAUUAGUAGAUUAAAAGGUCAGGGCAUCCACAGCGAUGGAUGGCGUUAAGGCGUAUGUGGUGGUGGGCAGCAUGUUGGUGUCGCUCCUUCCAGUUUCCUCUGGACUGCCGCCGCCGACUAUUGUCUCCAACCAGGACGAGUUCAUCCUGCAGCCCAGGUCCAUGUUCAACAUAAGCUGCACCGGCAAAAGAAACGUUAUUUGGGCCGAACCGCUACCGGACAACGCGUUGGUUUAUCACGGAUACUACACGGCCACUCUCUUCAUUGACAAUGCCACAGUGGCGAACACCGGCUAUUACACGUGUGUGUACGAAGACCAGGGCGCUGAAGUGGAGAGUGACCUGGAAGACACCGAGGCGGGAAUAUAUAUUUUUGUUAAAGAUCCCCAGGUUCCGUUUGUUCCCGAGACCCCGGAGGACUUGGUGGUCACCGCCAGCCCCCUUGGAGCCCCCAUCUCCUGCCGAGUGUCUGACCCCUUCUCCCACGUCAGACUGAGGCGCAUCCCCAGCGGAGAGGAGGUGAUGAUCUUCUACGACAGCAAGAUGGGCUUCUAUGGGCGCCUCAAAUCUGGCCAGUACCAGUGUGAGACCACUGUGGAUGAGCGGACGGUCAGAAGCGCCAUUUACACCGUGCAAAGUGGGGAGGCGGCGGAGUCGUUCAGCGUGAAGGUGACGGCCAGCGAGGAGACGCUAAAAGCGGGGCAGCCGCUCAGCGUCAGCUGCGACGCGCCCGCCGGCCCCGCGUUCCAUCAGCAGUGGCUCCAUCCCAACAGAGAGGCAGUGGGCGCAGUUCAGACCAGGCGGACUCUCUCCGACCGGGUCGUCUACACCAUCAGCGUCCCCGAGGCCACAGCGCAGGACGGCGGGACCUACGAGUGCUCCGUCACCAACACCGGCAGCGGAGAGGUCAGAGCGAGCAGGGUGGCCGUCACCGUCCUGGAUGCAGAAAAGAGUUCCUUCGUCACCCUGGACCACAGCGGGAUUCUGGCGUCGGAGUCGGUCAGCCUCCUGGAGGAGACCGAGUUCACUAUCCUGAUUGAAGCCUCCCCAUCUGUCAAAGUGCUGUGGCUGAAGGACGGCGGAGCAUUGUCAGAAAACUACUACGUCCACACCAAAACAAACCACAUUGAAGGGAAUCGCUAUCAGAGUAUUCUGACAUUACGACAGCCUCUGGAAAUAGACAACGGGAACUACAGCAUCGUAGCCACCGCCGGCUCCCGCCGCGCUCAGUUCUCCUUCACCCUCAAAGUGAGAGCCUCCGCCGCCGCGAUGCUGCCGCUGUCCUCCAGCCCGCUGCUGCUGCCGCAGAGGGACGAGCUGGUGGUGGCGCUCCACGCUCCGUUCGCCCUCACCUGCCAAGGGGAGGCCCGGCUGGCCUGGACGGCCCCGGGCGACGUGGCGGAGCACGCGCGGGAGCACGGCGGCCUGUUCGUGACCGCUGUCACUGUGGAGAGCGCCACCGCCGCGCACACCGGCUACUACACGUGCUCCUACGCCGGGAACGCCACCGCGGGGGUGGAGGGGAGCAGCGUCUACGUCUAUGUGCCGGAUCCAGACGUCCCCUUCCUGCCAUCGCCGGAGCCGUUCGGGAACCACGUGGUGUCCGAGAACGAGAUGGAGAUGGAGAUCCAGUGCCGCGUGUCCGACCCCAGCGCCAACGUGACGCUGGUGAACGUGGACACCCAGCAGCCGGUGCCGUGCGCCUACGACAGCAGGCGAGGCGCUCUGGGGGUCUUCCCCGGUGGGACCUACAUCUGCAAGGCCGUGGUCAACGGCGUGGAGCAGUACAGCUCCGAGUACAUCGUCCACGGCUGGUCAGAAGACGACAUUCCUCUGACCGUUGACAUAACGGCCAAGCGAACGGCUCUGCUGGUGGGAGACACCAUCACUGUGGCCUGCUUGGCUAACGGACCCGUGCUCCUGGAAGACCACUGGAAGUAUCCUGGCAAAGUGGCAAACCGUGGCAUCAUAAAGGUGGCUGAGAACAGGAAGGAGCGCAAGAUUCUUUACACCUUAACGAUCUCACAAGCCUCCACCAAGGACAGCGGCAUCUACUCCUGCUCCAUCACGGAUGUCUCUACUAAUGAGAGCCAGACAAAAGAACUGGCCAUCAGAGUGUUUGCCGGGGAGUUCAUGUCUGUCAAGCCGCUGUUCAGAGAGUACGAAUCCGCGGAGCUGGACGAGGUCCGAGAGUUCAGGGCCGAAAUCAGCUCCUUCCCUACAGCGCGCGUCACCUGGCUCAAGGGCGGCGUCCCGCUGGGCGACGUGAGCGCCGAGAUCUCCACCAGCCUCCAGCAGGUCAGCGAGACCAGCUACGUGAGCGCCCUGACCCUGAUCCGCGCCAAGGAAGAGGACAGCGGCAACUACACCAUGCGAGUGCAGAAUGGAAACCAGAGUCAGGACAUCGACUUAAUGCUGGAGGUCAAAGUGCCUGCAGCCAUUGUGGACAUGAUGGACAUCCACCAUGGGUCCGCUGCAGGCCAGUCUGUGGUGUGCAUCACCAGAGGGCAGCCCACACCUGUGGUGGAGUGGUUCGUCUGCAAGAACAUCAAACACUGCGCCAACGACUCGUCCGCUUGGCUGCCUCUCACCGCCAACUCCACCGACAUCACCUUCGACUCGCACUUCGACGAGGACAACAACCUGGAGAGCCAGGUCCUGUUCGGUCACCUGGACAACACGCUGGCCGUGCGCUGCCUGGCCCGGAACGACAAGGCCGCCGUCGCCAGGGAGGUCAAGCUGGUGUCCAGCGGCCCCCACCCCGAGCUGACUGUAGCUGCUGCUGUGCUGGUGCUGCUGGUCAUUGUCAUCAUCUCACUCAUUGUCUUGGUUGUAAUCUGGAAACAGAAACCGCGGUAUGAGAUUCGCUGGAGGGUCAUAGAGUCUGUGAGUCCAGAUGGCCACGAGUACAUCUAUGUGGAUCCCAUGCAGCUUCCCUACGAUUCCAGAUGGGAGUUCCCUCGUGACCGGCUUGUGCUCGGUCGCAUCCUGGGCUCUGGAGCUUUCGGCAAAGUGGUGGAGGGCACUGCCUACGGACUCAGCCGCUCCCAGCCUGUCAUGAAGGUGGCAGUAAAGAUGCUGAAACCCACAGCGCGCUCCAGUGAGAAACAGGCCCUGAUGUCUGAGCUGAAGAUCAUGACUCACCUGGGACCUCAUCUUAACAUUGUUAAUCUGCUGGGAGCAUGCACCAAAUCAGGGCCCAUCUACAUUAUCACCGAGUACUGCUUCUACGGGGACCUAGUCAACUACCUGCACAAGAACAGGGAGAACUUUCUCAGCCUGAACCCCGAGAAAAGCAAAAAAGAGCUGGACAUCUUUGGGAUCAACCCUGCAGACGAGAGCAGCCGGAGCUAUGUGAUCCUGUCCUUUGAAAACAAAGGCGACUACAUGGACAUGAAGCAGGCCGACAACACUCAGUACGUGCCCAUGCUGGAGAUGAGCAACACCUCCAAGUACUCAGACAUCCAGAGGUCCGACUACGACCACCCACCCUCCCAGAAAGGCUCCAACGCAGAGGGCGAAACGGACAACCUGCUGUCAGACGACAUGAACGAGGGCCUCACCACCACCGACCUGCUCAGCUUUACCUACCAGGUGGCCAAAGGCAUGGAGUUCCUGGCUUCCAAAAACUGUGUGCACCGGGACCUCGCCGCCAGGAACGUCCUCCUCUCUCAGGGCAAGAUAGUAAAGAUCUGCGACUUUGGACUGGCCAGAGACAUCAUGCAUGACAACAACUACGUGUCCAAAGGAAGCACCUUCCUGCCAGUGAAGUGGAUGGCACCCGAGAGUAUUUUCGACAACCUGUACACCACUCUCAGUGACGUGUGGUCCUACGGCAUCCUCCUCUGGGAGAUAUUCUCGCUAGGUGGCACCCCAUACCCAGGAAUGGUUGUCGACUCGAGCUUCUACAACAAGAUCAAGAGUGGAUACAGGAUGACCAAGCCCGAGCAUGCGCCUCAGGACGUGUAUGAGAUGAUGAUGAAGUGCUGGAACAGUGAGCCAGAGAAGAGGCCGUCCUUCAUGGGUCUGAGUGACACUGUCGCCUGUUUGCUGCCCUCCAGCUACAAGAGGCAUUAUGAGAAGGUGAACCACGAGUUCCUGAAGAGCGACCACCCUGCUGUGACUCGGGUGUGCGUGGACAACGACGACGCCUACAUCGGCAUCACCUACAAGAACCAAGGCAAGCUGAAGGACCGGGAGAGUGGCUUCGACGAGCAGCGGCUUAGCUCCGACAGCGGUUACAUCAUCCCUCUCCCUGACUUGGACCCUAUAUCCGACGACGAAUACGGCAAAAGAAACAGGCACAGCUCGCAGACGUCAGAGGAGAGCGCGAUAGAGACGGGCUCCAGCAGCUCCACCUUCGCCAAGCGGGAGGGUGAGACUCUGGAGGACAUCACGCUGCUGGACGAGAUGUGUCUGGACUGUAGCGACCUGGUGGAGGACAGCUUUCUGUGACGACUGGCCAACCUGUAGAGUUGGAGCGGGGGGACACUUGUAUACAGUAUCAGCCAAAGACCCUGCUGUUUCCCCUCCAGCCCCAUCGUUUCCCCUCCUCGAGCACCCUUUUAUCAGACGCCGUCUGAAUGGGACUGCAUGGUACGGCUCUCUCUUCUCCCUGAACAGUGCCCCCUUCACAGGGCUGAAGGAGUUGAGGAGCAUUGAUGAAGACGUCAAAGACUCAAACAGACCCUGCGUCUGUGCUGGACCCGUCUACACAAAACACAUUCAUCUUCUAUGGGGCAUUUCCUUUUUACAACCGUAUAAGCCGGGGGUGACAGCUACCGCCACAGGAUAUCGUUCAUAUGAUGUACAAUUAACCACUACAGUUGACCUACUGUUUAGGCUAAACGAGUUGGACACAAACAACAGCGUUGGCAGGCAAACACACAGAAGCACCUGUUGCCGGCACAAUCAAUAGCUACUCGGAUUUAAAAGCACAACAUCUUGACUGUGUGCGAUUUUGUAAAGGACCAUGUGAUGUUUUCCAGUGCGUACUUCAAAUUUAUUUUUUUACUUCACUACUGUGUAAGCAUGUACUAUGUGUGAAUACUGAGUGGAUGUGAUAGCAUUGUGGUUACGGCUACGCAUCAAAGGCUUUUUAGUCACGUUUAUCAUUGCAUUGUCUCAAAUUUUCACCCAAAUUCGUCUAAAGUUCUCUUGUUUUAUUUUGAAUGCUUGAUUGUAUUGUAAAUAGCUCCAGAGUUGUUUUAUGAGAGAUAAUUUUAGUUGUUUUUUUUUUAAAUAUAUAAGCACAUUUUAAGCUUAUAAAGACAAUACAUUACAAGACAAUAUAAAUAAUUGUCUUCAGUGGAAACAUUUGCCAAAAGUUUGACACCUUAACCAUAUGUGUUUAUUACCUGCAUGUCAUGGAUGCAUGACCUGAACAGUGAAGUUAUAUAGAAUGGAUAACAUAGACAACAAGUCACAAAGGAAAAUGCAGUUUAUCAUGUCACAAAGCACGAUAUGUGGCCCGACAGUGAUACCAAGUCCUCCUGUCUUACCUAUUGUCCUGAGGUCUAUUAGCAGGUUCUAAUUAAGCUAAGAGACUAGAUGAAGUAAACAUUUGUGUUGCUCUGAUGUCAUACAUCAACUAUUUGUAGACUCUUUGUAAUCACCUGUAUCCCCCAGCUACUGUUGACUGUGAUAUUAUCUGCAAUCAGUUGCACUUUCCUGUUUUUCCAUUUUGUUUUGGACUUUGCAGACGAGUUAGCCAAGCUGAGCUAAAAAACAAAGCAAAACAGAAUAGAGGUGUGUUGCUUUAGCUGUGGAUGUUUAAAGCUGCGUGGAUGUGAAUGUUUGUGCCACAAAUGAGUGAUGAUGCUGAAGGUACAUUAUCUGUAAUUAUAGGUAAUCACAGACCAUACGAUGAACUCAUACUUUGUUCCAUUAUUUUACUUCAUGUACAUUCAGAUGAUUUAUAUUUCAAUAAAUGAUUUAUGAGGUAAAAGAAA